AUGGCCAUGUCUAUGAAGCCCACCGAGAAUGGCAUUCCACGCGCUCAUAUUCUGGGUCUUCCAUUCACGGUUGACCGAAGCUCUCCGAAACUGCCUACGGUCGAGCCACAGCCUGUUGCAUACCCGCCGCGAGCACUGGAAUUCACUGGCUCUCAGUACUCUGAGGCAGCGGAAGAGAUAAAGGUUCCAGCGCCAGAUUCAGUCCAUCUCCCAAAGAAGCCACAUCACCGUCCAUUUGGCGCGAUUUCCAGCUGCUGCUCAACCAGUCGACCUCACACACCCCCUGCGACGGCAACGGUACAUGCACACGGCGAUGCUCAUGACGAGGAAGAAGUCUCAGCCUUGGAGAGCCCACAUACCCAAUCUCACGCCAUGGGUAUUUGCUGCUCGGGGUCUUCCUGCCUAAGUGAGGACUCUUCGCUAAAGCAUCUAGGUGAUAUUGCGAUCUCGGGCAAACAAGAGGACGUUGAGCUUGGCCCUUCAAACUUUGAGCGAGUCGUUCUCCGAAUCGAUGGUCUCAAGUGCGGAUGCUGCGAAUCAGGGCUUUCGCGGGCGGUUGGCCGCAUCCCUGCCGUUAGGAACUUUCAAGUGAACACUGUCUUAGCUCGGGUCGAGCUAGAGCUAGAUACCAAUCGGCUGUCCGUUGACAGGAUUAUCGAGCUACUAGAAACGAGGACUGGAUACAAAUUCGAAGAGCAGGUUGCGGUUUCUGGUCAGGUUUUAGAGUUCAUCAUCACCGAUCCCAGGCGUUUGCAGCAUGCCAUCCAACCACACGGCGUCACACGUGUCGAGGCCCCCGAACGAGCACCAUGGCGUCCUUUCGGCUUGUUGAGUGGGCGCAAGGGCUUAACGCAGAAGAAGACGGCCGACGUCAAUGAUGAUGCCGGUGCCGAGGACAGUCCUCGUGGAACCUCGAAGCUACGUAUACCACCGACCAAGAUAUACUACGACGCGAACGUCAUCGGCGCCCGAGACAUCUACGAACACUACCUCAAAUACGAUCCCGAUCUAACUUUAGCACCUCUAGUGGCAGACCCAGGGCUUGAUCUUGGAGCCAAGCAGACCAGAAGAGCCCUGAAAUGGUUCCUUCCCACACUGGCUCUCACUCUUCCAGUCCUCGUCUUCGCAUGGGCCCCGCUUAACCACGAAAAUCCCACGUUUGCCCACAUCUCAUUGGCUCUGGCAACCCUCGUACAGCUCAUCGCCUUCUACCAAUUCGUCCCGAGUACCACGAUGGCGUACGUUUUCAGCGUCGUAUCAUACAAGUACCAACUUGAUGGUAGGCCACUAGAAACUGGGUCGUUCUUCGAGACGUCUACGCUGUUGGUCUCGCUUCUCUUGCUUGGCCGCUUCAUCAAUGAAUACGCCCGUUAUCGAGCUGCGAAGUCGGUAUCCUUCAGAUCGCUCCAAGUCGACCAGGCAAUCCUUGUGCAGCAGACCACGACGUCGUGGGCCAACGCAAUCACGAGCAGAAUCGACAGCAGACUAUUACAGUACGGUGAUUACUUCUGCACACCACCGCACACCAGAAUCGUGACAGACGGCGUGGUCGUAUACGGAGGCUCCGACGUCGACGAAUCAAUGAUGACGGGUGAGUUCAAGCCGAACGCGAAGGGACUCGACUCGGAAGUCUUCGCAGGCACCAACAAUGGAGACGGCCAGCUCAUCGUGAGCUUAACGAAGCUGUCUCACGAGAAUUCGGUCCAGCAGAUUGCCGCCUUGGUUGAAGACGCUGAGUUGACGAAGCCGCGAGCACAAGCACUGGCUGAUCGGGUCGCUGGUUGGUUCGUCCCCGCAAUGGCUUCCAUUGGGCUCACGGUCUUUCUCAUCUGGCUAUUCGUUGAGCGAUACCACAACACAAAAUCCUGGAGGGUACGAAGCGCGGUACUCACAGCCAUUACCUAUGCCAUCGCCACUCUCAUCGUCUCAUGUCCAUGCGCCAUCGGUCUUGCCGUACCCAUGGUCGUCUUAAUCGCAGGUGGUGUGGCCGCACGGCACGGGAUCAUCUUUCGGGACCCCCAGAAGCUCGAGAUCGCACGCAACGUCACGGAUGUCAUCUUCGACAAGACCGGUACCAUUACCACAGGAAGACUUGAGAUCAUUGGUCUCCCUAUGCAUCGCAACACGGACCACACACUCAUGAAGGGGCUGUUGCUAGGCCUUGUGAAGGACAUCAAGCACCCAGUAUCUAUCGCGAUCACCCAGUAUCUGGAACGAGACAUACUCGCCCACAAGAACUUCGAACCUCUUCAAGUCAACAACAUCACCAGUAUUCCUGGUAAAGGCGUCCAAGGCAAUUGUGCGAAAACUGGGGUGGAGAUUCGCGCAGGCAACGCAGAAUGGCUUCACAUCAACGUAAUCGGUCAAUCAAAGAACACAGCAUGCUACUUCACCUACGGCGGCGACCUUCGCAUGAGCUUCGAACUCCUGGAUCAACCUCGGCCUGAAGCAAUAAUGGUAAUUAAAGAACUCCACUCUCGAGGAAUAAACGUACACAUGCUCAGUGGCGACAACGACGGGGCUGUCAGCGACGUGGCGACAACCCUAUACAUCGACGAGGCGAAUACAAAGGCUCGAUGCACACCCGAAGGAAAGAUGCAAUACAUCCGUGAUCUCCAGGACUCGCGCAGGAGAUCCAUCGUCAUGUUCCUCGGUGACGGAACGAACGACUCUGCAGCGCUCAAACAAGCCGACGUGGGCGUGCACCUCAAUGAUGGUUCCGACGUUGCAAAGUCCGCGGCUGAUGUCGUCCUUAUCACGACUCGACUGCACGACGUUCUCAUCCUACUCGACAUUUCGCAUGCGGCAUACCGACGUAUCUGCUGGAACUUCAGUUGGUCGGCAUUCUACAAUUUCUUCGCCAUCAUCCUUGCUGCCGGCGCAUUCGUCAAGCUCCAGGCCAACGUGAGGAUCACGCCGCAGUGGGCGGGCCUGGGCGAGCUCAUCAGUGUCCUACCGGUGGUCCUUAUCGCGUUCCAGAUGCGCUUCCGCAACUAUGGAAAACCGUACGGAGCGAUGGAGAGGACGUAUCAGAAGGUUGAGGCGCCGAAGCGCGAGCAGCGACGUAGUCGCCAGAGUGCAAGUUCGGCGAGCGCUGGGUGCUGUGAAAUGCCCACGUCGACUUUGGCACAUGUUGACGCUAUUACGGGUAUGAGUGAGAAGCGUGGGCUUGGGAAGGUGGCGUUCUGGCUUUCUUCGAGACGAUGA